UUGUUCCAGCUUAACUAUAAAAGCUGAAUCAACUGAAGAACCUAUUUUGAAAAGAAGAAGAUAUUUGCAAAACAACGUAUCUUCAGACGAUAUAACAAACACAUCAAAAACUAUUAAUGGAAGUGCAACUAUAUUAGGUAAUACCGGUAGAGAACUUGAAAGAUUAGAACUGCCGUCGUGUAGUUUAGAGCAGCCUGGUACUAGUACGAAUAAUAGCAUAGAUCAAAUAAAAAUUAAAACGGAAAAUCGAUUUGAUGAAUUAGAACAUUGCCAUCUAUAUUUAGAUAUAGUUAAAGAAGAACACGUAGUUAGUGAACCUCAAUAAAAUUUGUUUUGUUAAUUUAUAUUAAAUAAUUUAAAUCCAUAUAAUUUAUAUUAUUUAUAACUAAAUGAAUGAUAACCUUAAAAUAUCAGCGUAAAAUGCUUUCUUUUUAAUUUUUAAACC